AUGUCUGAACAAACAAGACUGAAAAAGUUAGCCGCAGGAAAGAAACUCCUUCAAGAAUACCAGCAGAGGAAUGGUCCUGCCGGAUCUGCAGAACCCAAGAGAAAGAAGAAGACUAAAAAAGGAGGUGACCCCAAGACAAAGACCGCCAGGGACGGUCAUUCAGCUGCGGGUGUGGCCAAAGACCACGCAGGCCUUCAGCAUCCCCCACUUCUGGGCACAGUCAGAGCUGCAGGGGUCAAGAGUGACCCGGGUCCCUCUGCCACCGAGGACCUCGAAGGGUGCUACCAACACCUGCUGCUUGCCCUGGAUGCCAGCAGAAUACAAAACGAGCAGCUCUGCAGAGAGCUCGAACAACUGAAGCAGGAAAAUAAAGAGCUGCAGGAGCGGCAGGAGGCGACCGCUUGUAUGCACAAGGCACUGGGAGCAGAGCGGGAGCAGUACAAGCUAUCAGUGCAGAUGGUGGCUUCAGAAAAAUCCAGUUUACAGUCUGCCCUGGCCCACAUGCGGCAGGUGGCCGACGGAAGAGCCCAGGAGUGGGACGGUCUCACCAGCCACCUGCAGGUUGCAGAGCAGCGCGUGAGGGAGCUGGAGAUGAAGCUGUCCGACAUCUCCACCACGGAGACUGACACCGAGCUCCACAACCUCGAGCUCACGAAAGCCCUGAACCGCCUGACGCUGCAGCUCCAGCAGAAGAGCAGAAGCUGUGAAGACCUGGAAGACGAGAACAUCGAGCUGCGGGACAGGCUGGACGCGCUCCAGACACAGAAGGCCAACAUGGAGCUCCAAAUUCACAAGUCCCAGCAGGCGCUGGUGGAGCACGCAGAGUUGGAAAGACAACUCAAGAGCAUGAGAGAGCUGGCCACCACCUUCAAGCUGGAGAGAGACUCCCUGGAGGAGGACCUGAGGGUGGAGAGCUGUACAGGGAAGGAGAAGGCCCGGCAGCUCUUAGAGGAGGUGGGCAGGCUGAGAGAGGAGAAAGAGCAAGGGGCCAGGCAGGUGUUGGAGCUGGAGGGCGAGCUGGUGGAGCUGAGAGAGCAGCUGGCAGAGCUGCAGCGCCCUGCGGGGCCAUCUCAGGCUGAGCAGCGGCUGCAGGCUCAGGCCUUGCAGUUGCAGAAGGAGCUCGAGACCCUGGAGGAGCACCUUCACCUCCAGGUGGAGGAGAACCAGAGCCUCCAUCUUCAGAGCCUGGAGCAGCAUCAGCGGCUGUGGCCACUGGAGAAGAAGGCGGAGGGAUGGGAACAGCAUGCCGAGGACCGGCGCAAGAUCCUGGAGACGAUGGAGAGAGAGCAAGAGACCAUGAGACACACGCUGGUGUGCAACCUCCAGCUGAAAGAGCAGCUGGCCCAACUGCAGGACGCCUGGCAGAGGCUGAGCGCUGAGAAGGAGUCGCUUGCCGGCCUCCUGCACGCCUAG